GACAGAUUCAUGUAAUCGAUGUUAUCAUUUCUAAUGCGGUUUUCGGAGUUUACUAACUUUUAAACAGUACUAUUUUCAUAUCAGUCUAGGAAUAUAUAGAUUUCAAACCGACAAAAUUGAAUGUAAAAUUAUGUACCACGUAUGUCGUUCAGGCGGACAAGUGCCGAAAAAUUAUAUCUUUGAAAAGCUUGGGUGUUUAUUCAGACGACCAAUCAUCCCUACUUUCGAGAAAUAUGUUUUAUCUGUGCGAUCAGUUAGUGACAAUGUUCCUCACACGUUCGAAUCGAUGUUGGAGAAGCGAAGGGCAGAAGCACGUCGAAGUAUCCUCGUUCAGGUGAGCUCAGAACGAUCAUUCCCUGAGCUUGCAACGUAUUGCUCACAGUUCGGUAUGAUAGAAAGUUCGUAUCAUUACCGAGUCGAAGGGACGGCUGCUACAUUGGGAGAAGACGCCAGCGAUUGCCAUUACAUUUUACUCGAGUUCAAUGAACCGGAACAAGCUCAAGCAGCAAUCAAUUCGGCGGUUUUUAACGAGGAAAAACCUGGUGUACGGGCAAGGUCAAAUUUUCUCUGGUUCAGGGCUGGUCCUAAACCAAGACUAAACACCAAGGAAGCAAAAGCGAAAACGGAUAGAAAACCGAAGUUAAACGGCACUGAGGAGUCCAAAAUAAUCGCUGAACAGGAACUGAAAGAGCUACUAGUGUCGGCUGAUAGUGUCGAAGAUCAGAUUAAAAUUCUACACAAAGCUACUCAUUUGAACGAUCUCGGGAAAAGAUUGCGAUUCUUAGCCGUACGACAGGUGGAAUCUGCCCUGCAGGGUAUUUUUCCGGAAGCCUCAGCCUAUCCGUUCGGAUCGUCCGUGAAUGGUCACGGUAAAAUGGGCUGUGAUCUAGAUAUCAUACUGGAGCUCGAUACACGACCAGAUUCCAAGAGGAACAGAGAUUCGCGGUUGGUUUUCCAUACUAAGGCAUCGAACUCUAACGAGAGGACGCAGGUACAACGCCAGCUGGAAUCUAUCGGAGACGUGUUGCAACUUUUCCUUCCCGGGGUCAAUAGUGUCCGUCGGAUACUGAAGGCUCGUGUUCCCAUCAUCAAAUACCAUCACGAGCAUUUGGAUUUGGAAAUUGAUCUGACAAUGAACACCAUGACGGGCGUUUACAUGUCAGAGUUGUUAUAUCUUUUCGGACAAAUUGACGAUCGUGUUCAGCCGCUUACAUUUUGCGUACGAAAGUGGGCCCAAUCCGUCGGUCUAACCAAUCACGCACCUGGUUAUUGGAUUACAAAUUUUUCGCUUACGAUGCUGGUGAUAUACUUCCUUCAGCAACUCAAGGACCCAAUAUUACCACCGAUUAACAAACUCAUCCAAAGUGCAACGAAAACGGAUCUCAGAGUGACGGAAGAUCAAAUAAAUUGCUCAUUUCUCAGAGACGUUAGCAGAUUGGAUUUCACCACCAAAAAUAGUUCUUCGCUUGAGGAUUUGCUGGUCCAGUUUUAUGAGUUUUACUCGAACUUUGAUUUCAAUCAACGAGCGAUCAGCUUAAACAUUGGGUGUUCAAUACUGAAACCGGAUCACAGUCCCAUGUAUAUAGUGAAUCCGCUGGAAACAGUUUUGAAUGUGAGCAAGAACGUUAGCUUAGAAGAGAUGGAACUCUUUCGCAUUCAGGUGCGAAAUGCCCUCUGGCUGCUGGAUACGCACGAUCGAUCCACCACGAACAGUGGCGACGAUUGGGGUGUGAUGUGCUUGUUCGGAAACAAGGUCAAGAAUCGCGUAACCCCGCAGAUGUUUUUCACCAAACGAAUGGUCAAUGUGAAGGAUAUAUUCGAUGGGACGGAACUGAAGGGAGAAGCUCAGUAUAAAAACCGAUCUGUGCAGAAUCAAGUCGAAAAUAUUCAGAAGACGUCUAGAGAGGAACUCGCUAAAAUGGCCAAACACUCCAGGGAUGAACUGAGCGGGACGAUGUAUUCUAACAGCAAUGGGGUCAAAUUAAAACGGAAUGCAAAACGGCGGUGAUAGGGUGCUUGAAAGGGAAGAUUGAAUUGUCUAUCCGACUAGAAUUAAUUGAAAAUAAAAAACUACAAAA